AUGGCGCAGAUCAGCACCACCUCAGAACAGACCAUCCAGACGCUCGAGCGCAUCGGCGCGCACUCGCACGUCAAGGGUCUCGGCCUCGAUGACCAGCUCGAGCCGCGUCCGUCGUCGCAAGGCAUGGUGGGCCAGCGUGCCGCCCGAAAGGCUGCCGGUCUCAUCGUCAAGAUGGUGCAGGAUGGCCGUAUCGCCGGCCGUGCCAUCCUCAUGGCGGGCCCGCCCAGCACAGGAAAGACGGCCAUCGCGAUGGGCAUGGCACAGACGCUCGGCUCCGACGUUCCCUUCACCAUGCUUUCGGCGUCCGAGGUAUUCUCGCUCGAGAUGAGCAAGACCGAGGCACUGAUGCAGGCGUUCCGACGCUCAAUCGGCGUGCGCAUCCGCGAGGAGGCCGAGGUGGUCGAGGGCGAGGUGGUCGAGAUCCAGAUCGACCGCUCGCUCACUGGCGCCACCAAGACGGGCAAGCUGACCAUCAAGACCACCGACAUGGAGACGAUCUACGAGCUGGGCAACAAGAUGAUCGACUCGCUCCAAAAGGAGAAGAUCACGGCGGGCGACGUGAUUGCCAUUGACAAGGCGAGCGGCCGCAUCACCAAGCUCGGCCGCAGCUUUACGCGCGCGCGCGACUACGACGCCAUGGGCAGCGACACCAAGUUUGUGCAGUGCCCCGAAGGCGAGCUGCAGCGCAGGAAGGAUGUGGUGCACACGGUGUCGCUGCACGAGAUCGACGUGAUCAACUCGCGCACGCAGGGCUUCCUUGCGCUCUUCUCGGGCGACACGGGCGAGAUCAAGCCCGAGCUGCGCGACCAGAUCAACACCAAGGUGGGCGAGUGGCGCGAGGAGGGCAAGGCCGAGAUCGUGCCGGGCGUGCUGUUCAUCGACGAGGUGCACAUGCUCGACAUCGAGUGCUUCUCCUUCCUCAACCGCGCGCUCGAGUCGGAGCUGGCGCCGCUCGUCAUCAUGGCGUCCAACCGCGGCAUCUGCCGUAUCCGCGGCACGCGCUUCCGCUCGCCGCACGGCAUGCCCAUCGACCUGCUCGACCGCGUGCUCAUCAUUAGCACCAAGCCGUACGAGCUGGACGACCUCAAGCAGAUCCUCACCAUCCGCGCCGCCGAGGAGGAGGUGUCGCUGAAGCCCGAGGCGCUCGAGGUGCUGACGCGCAUGGCGUCCGAAACGUCGCUACGAUACGCCAUCAACCUCAUCACCACGGCCAACCUGGCUGCCAAGCGCAGAAAGGCCGACGCCGUCGAGGUGGUCGACGUGCGCAGGGUGUACAACCUCUUUGUCGACGAGAAGCGCAGCGUCCAGUACCUCAAGGAGCACGCCGAGCAGUUUAUGAGCGAGUCCGACGAGUACGGCGACAUCGACGGCCUCAGCUCCGCAGCUCCGAUCAUCGGGCGCCAGAUGGCCGCCGCGCAGGCCUGA